ACAUUUCUACAUGUAUAUAUCAAAAUAUUACCUUACAAAGCCAUAAUCAGUUUGCAAUAUCCUUUUAAGUGGGAGACAAGAAACAAAUUCAAGCAUCAUCAAUUACUUUCAUUUUGGCAAACCACAACUACUUUCUAAUGGGGCGGUGGAUGAAGCCAGAGGUCUACCCACUAUUGGCUGCGAUGACUUUUGUAACAAGUAUGUGUGUUUUCCAGCUUACAAGGAAUGUGUUCUUGAACCCAGAUGUCAGGAUUAACAAAGCUCACCGCCGGAUGGCAGUGCUGGAAAAUGAAGACGAAGGAGAGAAAUAUGCUGAGCAUGGCCUCAGGAAAUUUCUUCGCACACGUCCACCUGAAGUCAUGCCUGCCAUUAACCAUUUCUUCUCUCAAGAUGAAUAAAAUAAAUUAUUUGGUUAAAAAUAUUAAAAUCCUCAAUGUUCUACUGAGAUUGCCUUGUAAUUAGUCUUACGUGAAUAUAUUGCGUUUCAAUUAAUAAGAAUAAAUCAUGGGAUUUGUUGUGUAAUUCAAAACGACAAUCAAAA